UGCUAAGGAAGUGAGCGGCCGUGGUCUCUCCCCAUCCGGGGCAGCCGGGAAUGGCUGAGCCCGGGGUUCGCUGCCGUCCCCCGCCGCCACCACCACCCGCUUUCGGUUGCCGCCGCAGAUGAGGAAACUGAGGCUCAGAAAAGUGAAAGACUUGCCUAAGAAUCUUAUACCUAUUGAAUGAUGGAGCAGGACACGUUUCCAGUAACCCAGCAAGGAGGAUAAGGUGCAGAUUGAGAUCCCCAUUUCACAGUCAAAGGACAGGAGGACCUUAGCAUCCUGAGGCAUUUUGGAUCCAUAGCCUUCAAGGUUGACCUGGUCAGAGUUCAGCAUGUCCAAGUUAAAAAGCUCAGAGUCGGUCAGGGUGGUAGUUCGCUGUCGGCCCAUGAAUGGCAAGGAGAAGGCCGCUUCGUAUGACAAGGUGGUGGAUGUGGAUGUGAAGCUGGGGCAGGUAUCCGUGAAGAACCCCAGAGGAGUGGCCCACGAAAUGCCCAAGACCUUCACCUUCGAUGCAGUCUAUGACUGGAAUGCCAAGCAGUUUGAACUCUACGAUGAGACGUUCCGACCGCUCGUGGACUCCGUUCUGCAGGGUUUCAAUGGGACGAUAUUUGCCUAUGGACAAACGGGGACUGGGAAAACCUACACCAUGGAAGGAGUCCGGGGUGACCCUGAAAAAAGAGGGGUCAUCCCUAAUUCAUUUGACCACAUCUUCACCCAUAUCUCUCGAUCCCAGAACCAACAGUACCUGGUUAGGGCUUCUUACCUAGAGAUCUACCAGGAGGAGAUCCGAGAUCUGCUCUCAAAGGAUCAGACCAAAAGGCUUGAGCUCAAAGAGAGGCCUGACACUGGAGUGUAUGUGAAGGACCUGUCUUCCUUUGUCACCAAGAGCGUGAAGGAAAUAGAGCACGUGAUGAACGUGGGGAACCAGAACCGUUCCGUUGGUGCUACCAACAUGAAUGAGCACAGCUCGCGUUCUCAUGCAAUUUUUGUCAUCACUAUCGAGUGCAGCGAGGUGGGCCUCGAUGGAGAAAACCACAUUCGUGUAGGGAAACUGAACCUUGUAGAUCUCGCUGGCAGCGAACGGCAAGCCAAGACCGGUGCUCAAGGGGAAAGACUGAAGGAAGCGACCAAGAUUAACCUGUCCCUUUCUGCCUUGGGUAAUGUCAUCUCCGCCCUGGUGGAUGGCAAAAGCACUCACAUUCCAUAUCGGGACUCAAAGCUUACCAGACUCCUCCAAGAUUCUCUUGGUGGCAAUGCUAAAACUGUGAUGGUGGCCAAUGUGGGGCCCGCCUCUUACAAUGUAGAAGAGACUCUGACCACUCUGAGAUACGCCAACCGUGCCAAAAACAUUAAGAACAAGCCAAGGGUCAAUGAGGACCCUAAGGAUGCCCUCCUUCGAGAAUUCCAAGAAGAGAUUGCUCGGCUCAAGGCCCAGCUAGAAAAACGGUCCAUUGGCAGGAGAAAGAGGCGAGAGAAGCGAAGGGAAGGUGGUGGCAGUGGUGGGGGUGGGGAAGAUGAGGAGGAGGAGGGAGAAGAGGGUGAGGAGGAAGGGGAUGAUAAGGAUGAUUAUUGGCGGGAACAGCAAGAAAAACUGGAGAUUGAGAAGCGAGCCAUUGUAGAGGACCACAGCUUGGUUGCAGAGGAGAAGAUGAAGCUGCUGAAAGAGAAGGAGAAAAAGAUGGAGGACCUGCGGCGGGAGAAGGAUGCUGCCGAGAUGCUGGGUGCCAAAAUCAAGGCCAUGGAAAGUAAGCUGCUUGUUGGAGGAAAAAAUAUAGUAGAUCAUACAAACGAACAGCAGAAAAUCCUGGAGCAAAAACGGCAGGAAAUUGCAGAGCAGAAACGUCGAGAAAGAGAAAUCCAGCAACAGAUGGAAAGUCGAGAUGAGGAGACUUUGGAACUUAAAGAGACAUACAGCUCAUUGCAGCAAGAGGUGGACAUCAAGACCAAAAAACUCAAAAAGCUCUUCUCCAAGCUGCAGGCGGUGAAGGCAGAGAUCCACGACCUCCAGGAGGAGCACAUCAAGGAACGGCAGGAGCUGGAGCAGACUCAGAAUGAGCUCACCAGGGAGCUGAAACUCAAGCAUCUUAUUAUAGAAAACUUUAUCCCUCUGGAAGAAAAAAGUAAAAUUAUGAAUAGAUCCUUCUUUGAUGAAGAGGAAGAUCAUUGGAAAUUACAUCCUAUAACCAGACUGGAGAAUCAGCAGAUGAUGAAGCGGCCAGUCUCAGCUGUGGGGUAUAAGAGACCAUUGAGCCAGCACGCAAGAAUGUCCAUGAUGAUUCGUCCAGAGGCCCGAUACAGGGCAGAAAACAUCGUGCUGUUAGAGCUGGACAUGCCCAGCCGGACCACCAGAGACUAUGAGGGCCCCGCUAUUGCCCCCAAAGUCCAGGCCGCAUUGGAUGCAGCGCUGCAGGACGAAGAUGAGAUACAGGUGGACGCGUCAUCCUUUGAAAGUACUGCAAAUAAGAAACCCAAGGCCAGGCCUAAAAGCGGAAGGAAGUCGGGAUCCUCCUCCUCUUCCUCAGGAACCCCUGCAUCUCAGCUUUAUCCACAGUCACGGGGACUGGUUCCAAAGUAAAGCCAGUUCCUUCUCUCCCGGGGUUUAAACAGCAUUUGCCUUCUGAGAGAAGAGAUGAGCAAAUCCUUGCAGAGAGGACUCCAGCCCAAACUCAGAACCAUUCCCCUGGGGAGAAGUGAUGGCCUCUUUGCAGGUGAACCAACUGAAUCUGGCUGGAAGGUGCUGGUCCUAACCCGGCACUCAGCAGCAUCCUUUCAUUAGCAUCUCAGAAAUGCAUGGGUAAGGUAAAGUGCGGUAGUCGAAGUGGAAAGCAAGAGAAUGACCAGUGACCUUGCUUCCCUUCUCCCUUGCCUUCUCCUCUCCCUGCCUUUCUUUGCCUUCCUUCCUCUCCCCUCUCCUCUUCUAGCCUGUUCUUUACACUGGGCUCCCUUGUCGAGCAAUAGGGCAGAAUCAGGAGUCACCUUAGCGGGACCAAGUCUUUGGAGCCUUAGGACACAGUGACAGUGAGGUUGAAAAGUGAAAGCCCUAGAACUUGAAUAGGUGCUGCACUUGUAGUUGAAAUGAGAAAUCUCAUGUGGACCCAAGCCCCCCGUGGGCAUGGUCCGUGCUCCUCAGUAAAAAGUGGAUCCGCCUUUGGGAUCUGCUGAGUAAGGAAAUGUUUUCCAAGGAAGCUGCCACUUUUCCGCUCCUGGAGGAUUAAUGUUGGAAGCAAUAGAAAUCACAUUCCCUUUGCCUCCUUGGAGAGUUUAGGGAAACAGCUUCUUUUAAACCUCAAAACCAUGACCAUCCUGUCAAAGACGUAAAUCUGUAAGCCAGUGCCAUGUCCAUACACCGUGUCACUUUACUCUUCAUUCGUCACCAUCCUUAGCCAAGUGUGCAUACUCUGAGCAUCCCUUCCUAGGCCAGUCUGCCUCCAGGGCAUGCUCUGCAGUGGGCCUGCUUUGGGGGAGAGGGGAGGCUGGCUCUGCCUUCUUUGAUGGGACAAGAGUAGGGGGAACGAGACAUAUGGUGGCACUUUUGAAUCCCCCACUUUGUUCCAUGUUUGCAUAGAGAGCAUCAGGGUGACUGGGCUGAGGCAGAGGCACAAGCAACAGUGCAGUGUGAAGGGAAGACCUAACAGAUGCAAAGAACUCUGCUUGUCUCCAGCUAAAGUCACGUUGUCCUAGAAUUGUGCACCGCUCCCCCCACCCCCAGGCAGAACCAAAAGCAGUGGCGAGGAGUGGCUGUGUGAUUGAAUAGGCUCAGAGGAGAGGGUUAGAAAUUCCCGUUUACAUAAACUAGUUUGGUUUAUAAGUUUCAGUUCUGUGUAUUAUUGAAAUUCAAAGCUUCAUUUUUAUGUUGGUCAUUAGGUGAAUGUUACUUCUUCUCCCCCCCAAGAGAAGCUUAUAGGUGUGUGUGGGUGUACAAGCCCAGUGGUGCCUGUGUUCUUUGAGUGUGUCCCUGUGCGUCUGUAAGAGAGAGACAGAGACCAAGGACUUGCCCCGUUUUAGAACAACACUCACGUACAGUUGUUGCCUUUGUCCGCAUCGAAGGCCCGCUGAAUGACUGGUGCUGGCUGGAAGCGCUCCCGCGUGGGCAUCUGAGUCCACGAGCCAAGCCUGAGGGGACAGUGUAAGUCCCCAGGUCUGCCACACUGGUGUACCUUGCUGGCAUGGUACCUCAGCAAUGUGGUGACUCAGGUGGACCUUGAGUUAUGUUUUAACUCAGCUGCUCAGUUCCCAGGGCACAUUUCUGGAUCAAAACCUGUGGGAAAGAGGAGGUACCAAGUGCAGUGUCGUAGCAUUCUACAAAUGGAGAUCUGUCAUCCGGCAGCUGGUCUCCUUUUUUGUUACCAUUCUUUCUGAACCCAGGGCCCUUUUCAGUAAUCCCCAGAGCAUAAUGGAGCCUUCCCUCAUCUUUCUUGGGAUCAAACCCUGCUCCUCUCUUAUUUAGUAAGACUUUACCUGUUUGAAUGGGAACCAAAUGACAAGGUGAUAGCCUACGAUUAUCUGCCGGCUACACCUGUCUCUUGCACCACAUUUUUUCAGAGCUAGUAUGAAUUCUGUAGGCUGAAAAUAUUCAUCCGGCAAGUCUGAGAACUGAACACUGCAGGUAACACAACACCUUGUCACCAGUGUCUCAAGGUGGCUGUUCUGACCAAGGGUGGUUGAGUGGCCAUAGAACUUUUCUAAGAAGGCAGAAGAAGAAAGCCGAGUUGACAAGCAGGGUUAGUAAAACAAGCUUGCCUUGGACUCAGCCGUGUACGUCUGGUGGUCUGUGAAGAAAGUGGAAGAACACCCACGUGGAGGUGACACUGUCCCUUCCCAAGCAGUCUCCGGUGCUUUUCUUCUCUCAAAGCGGAUCCGAUAAAUGUGUGAGUAGAGCAGGCAGUAGAACGCCUUACUGCUACCAGAACACUGCUGCUUUGGGCUCUGAACUGAGCCACGUGUGCGGAGGACCUCCCCAGCCCACCGAGGGACCAGGUUUUCCUGUCUGUAGUCAUGCCUGAAUGUUCCAAGCCGUCCGAGGGCUCUCGUGCCAGCAGCAGUUAGAGAAGCCUGGAAGCCA